AUAUGGCUGCCGUCAGUUAAAAUCUUGCAGUACAUGUACAAGGCUUUUUCCGCAAUGAUUCCUUGUUGGAAACAUUAUAUACAAGCAAUUUUUGUCUUAAUUUUUUCAAAAUGGGUAACUUCGACUGGAAAUGGAGAGAAAAUAGCCUGCCGUGAUCUUUUUAUGGGACAAUAUUUUUGUCCCGAGCCCGAAAUCGAUUCGUCGACUCAGGCGGCUGUUGGCUGCACCAAGAAUCACUCGGUCGAAGUGAAAUGCAGCACUGUGCCUGUCGAAAGAGGUGGUCGAAACAUUACUGAAUGUAUUCAAAAUGUAUCAUGCCGUUAUACCAAUGACCACUCGUAUGAAACCGCUCUUUUGUUAUCAGUCUUCCUUGGCAUGUUUGGAAUUGAUAGAUUUUAUCUUGGAUAUCCAGCAAUAGGACUUUUAAAGUUUUGUACACUUGGUUUCUUCUUUGUAUUUCAUCUUGUAGAUGUUAUUUUGAUUGCAACACAGGUGGUUGGUCCAGCUGAUGGUUCAGCAUAUAUCAUUGAUUACUAUGGCCCUCGCUUAGAUCACAUAUCUAGAGACUUGGAUACAUUCAACAAAACAGGAGGUUAAAAAAAAAAA